AAGGUGUUCCCCAUAUAUCAAAAUCAAACCCCUCUCUCCCUCCCCUUCCCCCCUGCCCAGCUCACUCUUUCUCUUCUUCUUGUUUCGCUUGUCGCUAUGGGGAGCUGCCACCAACCCAGUUCAAUGAAACAGAAUUCAAUUUAAACUCAGGCAUUGCAUUUUCACACGGCAGCAAAUAUGAAUAAAAAAAAUUUAAAUGCUGCUAAGAUUGAAGAGCCUCCUGCACAUAUGACUCGAGCGCAGUCUGAAGCCUUGCGGGUAGUAGGAGGGAAUGGGAUAUGCUUCUCAUCAAAACCAUCCUUCAAACAGGAUCAUAAACGUGUUGUUAGAGUCAAGUCUAAAAGAGCAGCAUCGGAUAAGAGAAAAUCUUCUGCCACUGCCACUCUUGGUCUUCUGCAUAAAAGACGAGCAGUUCUCAAAGAUAUAGUUAACAUCUCCACUCAAAGUUUAUCCAUGGACUGCAUAAAUUCAUCUAGAAGUAAAAUUCAGACUAACCAGCAGAGUAGAAGAGGCGUCAAUAAUAAUUCAGAGAUCACUGCCAAUGUCUCAAUGCUAAGUCUUUCAGUUGAAGAUGUAAAAGCAAGGUUAGUUGAAGAGUUAUCAAGAGUAAAGAUGGUGGAAGCACAAGAGAUCAAAUUCUCAGUAAUGAUGGAAGAUACAGAACUGGUUGGACUUCUUUGUCAUAGCUCAAGAGAAUGUGCUGUAGUUGAUGCAAUGCCUCCAAUCAAGGCUCCAAAAGUACCCACUGGAAUUGAUAGCCAUCAAAAGAAAAAAGAAAAUGAGGCCAGCAGAAAUUUUCCAGACAUUGUGGAUAUUGAUUCAGACCUAAAAGGUCCUCAAGGUUGUAGCUUGUAAGCACCAGACAUUUACAAUAACAUACAUAUUGCUGAGGUUAGUAGUGUGAUUGCCAAGCUUUAUCUUAAGACCACUCUAGGUUUUCAUAAGCACUAAUUAUUUGUUAUUAUUAAAUUUUAUUGAUUUUA